CGGGUACAUCGAUUGUAAGCGUCAUUUAAAAAAUGGAAAUAUUUUGUAUAUCGAUCAGUUGCAGGAUUUGCACGCUUCGGCAGGAUUUAUUUUAUAUAACUUAAGGAGAUAAAGCGCAAUUUCCGCGAUGAUCUUGUUGGAGAAAGACACCUGUCGUUUGCAGGGCCGUUAUCGGUCUACACCCUACGAUCUAUCUGUCAGAGACAGAUUUCGGCAAAGAGUGCUCGGUAUAAAAGAAACAGCGUCUUCGGAUUCAUGUUGUAUUCCAAACGGUACAUCGUACAUCGUAUACGUUGUCACUUCAUCGCUUGCUGCAGAUCGGUAUUUGCGACUGCUUCAAGGUAAUUCUUAUACUUCAAGCAGCAUCCAUCCAAUGGCUAAUUACACGAGGUACGCUUUCGUUAUCGCUAUUAUCGUCAGUAUCGUUUGCGGGGAGGACUCCAACGAGUUUGAAAAUGUCGACAGAAAUCUUCUUGGGUUGAAUCUUCCAUACGGUAGAGGACUGGAUAAUGAAAUGCAACUAGCUAAAUUAUUGCUGAUGGUUCCACGAUUUUGUCAUCCCAAACGCAAUUCCGAACUUAUAAAUUCACUGUUGGGUUUGCCGAAAAAUAUGCACAAUGCUGGGAAAUAAAAAUAAUUGUACUGUACUGGACAUUCACGUUUACAGAGAUAUACAUUUUAUCUAUCGGCUCAUCUGUCGUAAAAAUAUAAUAUCAGAAACAUUUAGAAAAUCGAGCACGAUUUAACAGUGAUGUGAAACCGAUUAUGUACAAAAUGAAUCGAUAUUAAUAAAUGUCGAAACUUAUUUA